AUGCUCACAGGCGGGGCUGGUCCAAGGGUUGCCGUAGCAGCCCCCCACUCUGCUCACUUCCUUCUUUCCACCGGCUUCAACCUUAGACAGGCCGCAUCAGAACGCGGGGGGGCACAGGCUCGGCGGAUAACGCCGAGCUGGACAUUCGGCGACAGCAGCAGCAGCGGCAGUGACGACGGCAUCGAGGAGGACGAUGUGGCCGACGCGCCACCGCGGGGCGGUGCCGCUGAGGAGGCCGGCGCUGACGACGGCGCGGAAGUGACUGGAUCGGCGGCGGCGGCGGCGGCGGCGGCGGCAACAGCCGCCCUAGAGUCAACAGCAUGCGUUAUUCGGGGGGGCGAAGCGCAACAAGAAGGCGACGAGCCAGCUGACGAUGCACCACGUGUGACGUCCGCACAGGACGAAGAGCCCGCUACCGAGGAACCAGCAGCACCCGCCGCCGCGCCGCCGAGCGACUCGCCGGCACCCGAGAGCGUUGUUGACGCAGCGGCGGCAGGGGAGACCGGCGGGGCCGACGGCGCACCUCCGACGACGGCGGCGGCGGCGGGAGGCGACGACGAACAAGAUGCUCCGGCGGCGGAUGCCCGAGCAGCAGCAGCCGACGACGUUGCUGCUUCUCCUCCGACCGACGUCGCCCCCGAACCACCAUCGGCUGCGGCGGAGCCACCGGUUGAGACCGUCGCGGUGGAUGCUGAUGCCGUACCGGCAGAGAUCCCGCCGCCCACCGCCGAAGCCGCUGUUGACGCCGCUGCACCGGCGGUGGCCGAGGCCCUUGUUGCCGGGCAGCCCGUUGUACCCGUCGCCGCUGUGACCGAACCAGCGGGCGCCGUGGAUGCCGUUAACCCGUUACCGGGGGGAAGCCUUGGAAAAUCGGCAUGA